GCCCCAUUGGCUCCCCUCCUCCCCCGCGCACGCGCGCCCCGCAGCUUCCCUCGUUCGCCACGCAGCUUUGUACAGUUCGUACGUGAGUUGCUUGGGCGGCGGCGGCGGCCGGGUUAAAUUCAACCGGAGGAUUCGCGCGGUUGAGCGAGUUGUUGGAAUGGAUGCGGCGGAUAGUGGGGGCCGGCGCGAGCGGAGAUGGAAGGGGAAGGCCGCGAGCUCGGCGGCGGAGAAGCAGCAGCAGCUGGCGCCGGUUUUAGAAGACGCGCCGGCGGCUGCAUUGCUCCCGCCACUGAAGAAGAUGCGGAGCCCCGACUGCCGCCUCCGCCGCUCCGUGUCCUCGCUGUCGUCGGCUCCCGCUUCCCCUGACUCCUCCUCUGUUUCCAACCCCCUCUCGCCGCCCGCGACGUCCUUGCCGCCCUACGCGUCGUCGACGCGGCAGAUAUUCCCGUUCGCGUACGAUCCGUCCCCCGCGGCGGCCCCGAGGCUCCUGCAGCUGUUGCGGUACUCCUCCAGCUUGUACCAACAGCCGAUGCUGCCGCAGCAGCUCCAGCAGCAGCAGCACACACCUUCGCAGCAUCCGCAGAUGAUAUCCUUCGGCGAUGCCCAGCAGCAGCAGCAGUUCGAGGCGGCGGCCGCCUUGAUCCCGCCGCAGUACAUGGCGCCGGAGGCGCUACGCUACUGGAGCGCGGCCCUGAACCUGAGCCCGCGAGGCGUGCUUGGCGGGGUCGUGCCGCCGGCGCUGUACCAGCACCUGCUGCGGCCGCCUGGCCCGGCCAAGCUGUACCGCGGCGUGCGCCAGCGUCACUGGGGGAAGUGGGUGGCGGAGAUCCGCCUGCCGCGGAACCGCACGCGCCUGUGGCUCGGCACCUUCGACACCGCCGAGGACGCCGCCAUGGCGUACGAUCGCGAAGCCUUCAAGCUGCGCGGCGAGAACGCGCGGCUCAACUUCCCUGACCUCUUCCUCGGCAAAGGCCGCUCGGGCGGCAGCGGCCGCACCAGCGCCAGCGCCGCGGCGUCGGCUUCCUCCUCCUCCACGUCCGCUCCGCCGACGCCGGACGAAACCCAUGCGCAGCAAGCUCAGCUGCUGCACCAGCGUGAACAGCAGCAACAGCACACGGACGAGCAAGCGAACAUUGGACAGAAACCUCUGCUCUCCGCAGCAGAGCAGGACGUCCUCCCGGAACCAGAGCAAAAUCCUGAACUCCAGAAUGCAGAGCAACAAUGCAGCGACGGCAGCACGGCCAUGAUGCAGCAGGCUCCAGUGACCCCCGGCGGCCUCUGGGGCCCCGCCGACGACGCAUGGUUCAGCGCGUGGGGCCCGGGCAGCUCUGUCUGGGACUACGACAUGGACAGCGCUCAUGGCCUCUUACUCCAGUCUCGCUUCGCCGGUGAUCAGGCCGGCAUGGAUUACGUCCCCACUGCGCCGGAAGCCCACGUGGCACCGGCGGCAGGGACAGGCACGGCCUGUGCCGCUCCCCCUUCUCCUGUUCCUCCCCGUCCUCCCUUCAUGUGGAAGGACUAGACACGCAUACCCAUCUCUGAACAUCUCACACACAGAACCUACCUACGCUGUGAGAUGCACACAGGCUGCAGAUUUUUAACAGAUAGCUUGUGGCAUCAUCACAUCGCAGGAACAUCUCACAAUCUUUUCUUUUCUCUCUGAUCGAUUUUCUCCUGAAAAUCGCAAGGAAGCCCCCAGCUGCAUUUUAUAGGCUGGGACAAAGAUGGGCUAUAUUUGAUUCUCCAUCCUUGUAGAUCCUUCCGUGAUGAUUCUAAGAUGAGUUUUAGACAUUAGAUAGCUAGUGCUCAUCAGUUGUUUCCUGCAUCUUUAGUUGUGUUGUGUAUGGCUUUAGGGUUCCUAAUAAAGGUUCUGGAAGAGGAGACGAUUUUUAUGCUCUCCUCUUGUUCUUACCUGAAUAAUUGUGUUUUCUGCAGUAUUUUUGAACCAUAUAUGUGGGUGCCACAUCUGCCAUGCAAGUCAUAUGUAUUGUUAGUUUCA